AUGGCAACCCUUCAGAAGCCUGAGCCCGCCUUUCAGCAGCACUUUUCCAGCUCCGAAGAGCAGCUGCGAUCACAAGAUAUAUCCACCGACAAUUCUCUCGACCUCAAGCGAGAACAAGGUCAAGAUUACAAUCCAUGUCAGAAUGCACAAAAGUUCUCCCCUUUCUACAUGUACAACCACGAUAGCCCUCGACCCUCCACUGACCAGCGGCCGAAACAAGUCAUUCAGAUGGACGUUCGAGACCUCGAACUAGGGGGUAUUACACCUUCAGUCAGUCAAGAGAAAAUGAAUGCUCAGAGACAAGCCGAGAACAAAUUCACCAAGUUCAAAUUUUGGAACAGACGACAGAAAUGCAUGACACGACCGAAGAAGCAAACCUGGCUCCAGAGGUUGCCUAAGAAGCAAAGAAUCAUGGUCAAACUGUUGAUUGCCCUGGUCAUUGCAGGUGCCAUGGUUGGUAUUGCUGUGGGCAUCGCUGCUGCCCUACACAGUGGUGUGUACGGCAGUGACAAGACUGUUGGCCAAAAAGACGCAUAA